AUGUCGGACAAUGGCGCCACGCUCCGGGGAGAUCAACCCCUACUUAGGACAACUGGUCUCGUGCUUGUCAUGAAUACCCCAAAGGGUCGAGGCGUUUUCGCGACCCAGGACAUCCCUCACGGCACCGUGGUAGAGGUCAGCCCAGUACUAAUAUUCACGGAGGAUGAGGUUGAGAAACACACGAAGCACACAUGCCUUCAGCACUACACCUAUUACUGGCCCUCUGAGUCCGGCCGCACCAUGACCCAAGCGCUUGCGCUGGGACUUGGAUCGAUGUUCAACCACUCAACGAGGGAUCAAAACGUCGGCUGGAUGCGCAAUACCGAGACCGAUGUUAUUGUCUACACUGCACUACGUGAUAUCAAGGUCGGAGAGGAAUUGUGCAUCUCAUACGGCAGCGUGCGGCUCUGGUUCGAGGAUGCUGAUGCCAAUGCCGACGCUGAGGAAAUAGGAGUUGAUGAGAAUGACGUUGGAGGAGAGACACUGGCCGAACUGGAAUUGAGCGGCUUGGGGAAGAUGGACCUCUAG